UGCAUAAGUGAGGGAAGUACAAAUACGCAGUAUUCGUUCCAAGUAAUUACUCAAAAUCGAAGCGCACUUAUGUAUCGAGAAACUCAGACAGCCCAGUAAAUGAGAAACUCCAACCAUUUCGGCGCAGAGCCAAAAGACUCCGCCCCUGCUAAAUAAAAUGAGCCACUGUUAAAAAUGAAGUCAAAUAUUAGUGUGUGUGAGUGAGCAGCUGCUGCCCUUCACGUGUGCGAGUUUUAAUAAAUAACCGAAUAACGAAUAAUAUCAGAGCAAUGCAAAUUGAGCGUAACCAUUGAGACUCCACAAGAGCGCCCACAGCAGCAGCAGAAGCAGCAACAGCAGCGUGAGAGCCAGCCGAACAGCCACAGCGGGAGAGCGUACGUUCAUUGAGCAGAGUUAACAGCGACUUAACAGUGACUCAGGUAGAGAGAGCAGCCGCACUCAAUUGAGUGCAUUUGACUUGCGCUCUCUGUGUGUGCGCGUUUGCUUAGUUGGAGUAAAUACAAAGGCGAUCUGUUCUGUUAACUGUGAUUUAUCAGAGAGCCCGUUGCUAGUGGUGGUUUUGCUUUGAGUACUAUUGUAUGCGAGUGUGAGAGUGUGGAGUUUACUCUUUCUGUUGUUGCUGCUGCUGCUGUUGUUGUUGUACAUAAUCGGGAGUUUAGCCAACCGAGUAACCGAACAUCAAUGCUUCUUGCCAGCGACAAGUCGGAGCAAGAAAUCAGUCGUCAGCCAGUAGCCAAGGUGUGCGUUACACAUCGUGAGUACAGUGCGCGUUGCGUGUGAGAGAUCAAUCAAACUACACUCCAAGAAUACCAAGAACAUUCAAUCGCAAAACUACGUAAAGUGCAAAACUAAAGCAAGAGACUGAUCCACAACAGAUCAAAACUAUAUAAAGUGUCUAGUGACAAGCAAAUAUAAAACAUCAAACUAAAGGCAGAAAAUACUGUCCAGUGCAAUUAAAAAGUCAUCAGCUAUAAAAACAGCGAACGCAGCGAAAACCCAACAGAACCCAAGAUGAAUCAAACAUGCAAAGUAUGCGGCGAACCAGCGGCGGGUUUUCACUUCGGCGCCUUCACAUGCGAGGGCUGCAAGAGUUUCUUCGGUCGCUCGUAUAACAACAUCAGCACAAUCAGUGAGUGCAAGAACGAGGGAAAGUGCAUCAUCGACAAGAAGAAUCGCACAACUUGCAAGGCGUGUCGUCUGCGCAAAUGCUACAACGUGGGCAUGUCCAAGGGCGGCUCUCGCUAUGGCCGUCGCUCCAAUUGGUUCAAGAUCCACUGUCUGCUCCAGGAACACGAACAGGCAGCAGCCGCCGCAGCCUCAGCUGGCAAGGCGCCCGGACAUGCCACCGGCUCGCCAAUGAGUUCGCCUGGAUUCGGUGACUUGGCCGCACAUCUGCAACAGCAACAACAACAGCAGCAGCAACAUCAUCAUCAACAGCAGCAGCACCAGCAACAACAGCAGCAACAGCGUCAUCCACAUCUGCCGCCUCUCCUUGGUUAUCCCGGUUACCAUUUGCCCGAACCCUUUGGAGCUCGCCAUCCGGCUGAUGCCGCCGCCGCUGCCGCUGCAUUGCCCUUCUUCAGCAUGAUGGCCACACCACAGUCGCCCUUCCAGCUGCCCCCGCACUUGCUGUUCCCCGGCUAUCAUGCCAGCGCAGCGGCCGCCGCUGCAGCGGAUGCUGCCUAUCGCCAGGAGAUGUACAAGCAUCGUCAGAGCGUGGACUCGGCUGCCUCCGCAGAGUCGCUCAAUCGCUAUACGCCACCGCAUGUGGUGCGUCAGUUGACACCGCAGUCGCCACCACAGCAGCAGCCACAGCCAGCAGCAUCACCCAUCGAUGUUUGCCUGGGCGCCGAGGAUGAGGAGGAGCAGUCGAUGCACUCGCAGCACAGCGGCAGCAUUCACAGUCCGCAUGCGAUUCACACACCAGUUGCCAUACGCGCCACACCCACAAUACAGUUGCAGCAGCAGCAGCAGCAGCAGCAGCAAUCAGCAUCGUCCACGCCCACGCCCACAACGACGCCCACGCCCCCGGCGACAGCAACAGUCGCAGUCACAGCUACAGCCACAGCGAGCAGCCCUCUGAGCUUUGCUGCCAAAAUGCAAUCACUUUCACCCGUCUCCAUCUGUUCGAUUGGCGCCGAGACUGGCGCUGCAAUAGUUGCUCCCGCUGUCGCUGCUGCCCAGGAUGGACCCAUGGAUCUGAGCAUGAAGACCUCCAGGAGUUCGGUGCACAGUUUCAACGACAGCGAUGCCGACGAGAUGCCCGAGACAAAUGCUUCGUCGCAACGCCGCAAGUUCUAUCAACUCGAGGCCGAGUGCAGCGCCACAGCGAUCAGCAGCAGUCACAGCAGCAGCCACAGCAACCACAGCGAUCACAGCACUGCCUCCUUGGUGAAGCGCCAAAAACUGGAGUCGUCGCCAUCGCCAUCAUCAUCGUCGUCGCCAUCGACGUCACCAGCAGCAUUUGGCGGCUUUGCGGUGGCUCACAACGCGGCCAGCGCCAUGCGGGGCAUCUUUGUCUGCGUCUAAGUCGAAGUCGGAGACGGAGUCGAUGUCGAUGUCGAGUGGGUGGAGCCAACUGGCUGAGCGCCUCUCACUUCCACGUUACUGUUGUUGUUUGUUGUAGUUUUUUACACAUUUUAUUUUUCUCAACCGCGUGUCGUUGUCGUAGUUGUUGUUGUUUUCGGUUUUUUACGGUUCGAAUUCGAUUUGCGCCGUCGAAAUUGAAAUUGUCUUUGGACAGGUUUGUGUUUGCAGCGUGCCAGACAGAGACAGCUAGCUCAACACUCACACAUACACACACACACACACACUCUUGAGAGCUCAAUUCCAAAAAUUAUUUUUACAAAAAGGAACAAAAAGCGUUAGUAUUUUUUACAUAAUUGUAAAUAUGUUUUUUAAAUAUUUCAUAACAAAUUUCUCUCAAGUUCUACAAACAAAACCCAAGAAAUUCAAGUAGUAAAACACAAAACAAAACAAGAAAAAAAAACAUAAAACAAAACCCAACCCACCAAAAUCUCCCUCCAUGGUAUUGUACAUAAAAAUUGUUUAGUAUUAGUUUCAUUCUAAAGAAAUUUAAGCUUAAGUAUUCUAUUUUAGUUUUUAGUAUUUGUGUCCUAAACAAUUGGCUUCUCAAUUAUUAUUAUUAUUAUACAAGAAAAUAAAAAAAUUACAAAAA